GCAACGGACGGGCGGGCAGCGCGGCCCCGCCUCUCCAGCGCGUGGUGUCGCCCGGACGAGAUGCCCUUCGUGGAGCUGGAGACCAACCUGCCGGCGGCGCGCCUGCCCCGAGACCUCCCGGUCCGGCUGGGCGCCGCCGCCGCAGACAUCCUGGGCAAGCCGGCGGAGGAUCCUCAUCCGCUUCUACCCGCUGGAGCUGUGGCAGGUCGGCAAGAUGGGGACGGUGAUGACCUUCCUGUGAGACGGGCGGAUCCGGCCGCGGCCUCGCCCCGACGCUCGUCUCCCUGGACGGAGGAAGGCGUCGCGCCCCGGACUUCCCCCUCGGGCUCUGGCCUGGCAUCGGAGCCCCGCGGGGCGCACCCGGCGCGCACCUUCCCUGCCAAUAAAACGCCCGCGGCCCAUCUCGGCCUCCGCGUCUUCCUUCGGAGGGCGGGGGUGUGCGUGGCCCGGGCCGGCUGGGCAGACGCGGCGGCUUUUCGGCUCAAGGAAUUAUUGGGAGGGUUGCAGAAAUUCUGGCUGCGACCAGGGCUUCCCGAAGAGCAGCGGUGCCACCCUCUUUCCACUUUCCCGAAGAGCAGCUGUGCCACGUGCCACACUCUUUUGACGGUGGCCGUUCUUGUGAAACACAGUUGACUUGCUGUGGCUCUAUUUUCAUGCCUUCCAGGGUUGGAAAGAAAUGACCUGGGGUGGGGAGGUGUACAGCCACCUGUCUUCUGUCUGCAAAUCUAAACAGAGCCAGAAUUUCUCCAGGGAAUCCCUCCAGCAGUUGCCAACUCCACCAUUCCCAGCUGGAGCGUGUGCAGCCCAGCUGUGAUUCCAAGUGUGCCAGUGCACACAAGCACAAUACAUGCCAUGUGUUACAUUGUCAUAUAGAGUAAAAUCCAGACACAGAAACAAGGCUACUGCAGGGAAGGGGGUGGGAGAGAAUUUUUGGAGCCCGCUGGUGCAGGUGGCUUUCCCUACCUUCUUUAGACAAUUAAACAGGUCUCUCCCUUGCCUGGGACACACUGUGAUGACCUGCAUGACCAUAUUUUCAUUUUCAAGAGCCUUCCAGAUGGACUAUUGUUGUGCCAUUUUUAAAAGGAACAUCCUUGUUUCAACUAGUUCAGCCACAAUUCAUCAGCGUGACAUCAUCAGUUGUGAGUUUCUGUCCCAGCCAGUCCUGGGAAAGGACCUUGGGGUCAUCCAGAAACAUCACGUUCCCUCGGACAAGGGGAGCUUUUGAUGGGAGGUGGGUAGGAUGGCUUUCAAAGCCCUCUGUCCUUGAGGUGCAGGUAAAGGGAGGGAGAGAAGCAGCUAGGGAACCACAGGCGAGUCAGGGUGGGACUGAGACCUGAGAAGAUUGUGGAAAGGUUGACGUGACCAGUGUGUAAAAACACUGCAGGGAUUCCUAGAGAUUAGCAUGGACUUGUCAGCUUUGUCUCGUGGGGGGACAGGCCUGUUAUGCCCCCCUGGUCCCAUAGUACUGCUCUUGUUUCAUCCCCAGCCCCAGAGAGCCUUAAGAUGUUGUUGGCUGUAUCCUUAUAACGGUGAUAUUUCCCCCACUAUUCGGACACCCAGGACAGCCACAAGGUUUGUCAUUUGCUGCCUGCUAACAUGGAGGCCAGGUUGGUUGACCUGUUACAGGUAUGGUUAUGAGUGUGUGUGUGGGGAGGCAUGGCGCCUUUUCUGUUUGCUGGCUGGCCAGCCUCCUGCACAGUCCUUUCCCCCCAGCCUUUGCCCUUUCCACUAGCCCUGAGUUUCUGAGUCCCCUUCCCUUCUGAGUCUUCCCCCCUGCUCCCUUCAGACAACAGCUUCUCUCCAGGUUUCCAACAAGCAAGAGAAAAGUGGAGCUCCACUCUUUGAUCUGGGGAAAAAAGGGAGGUGUGUGUGUGUGUGUGUGAAUCCUCUUUAACAAAUCAAUUUUAUUUAUUAUGGAUUUUAGCCAUCAAAAAUCCCCUUUAAUAAUAUCUUGAAGUCUAUAGUUAGCAGUUCCCUGUCAUGACCUCGUUGCAAGGCACAAAGAGCCUCACAACGUACAUCAUGAUCAUCAAGGAAUAGAGGAAGAAGAUAAUUAAAACAGGGAUUAAAACAAGCACCCAAAGCACCCACACCCAUGGACCCACAUACAGCUGAAAAGAAGGACAUCGGAUGAGCAGAGAUAAGCUGCACCUGGUGCCCUGGAGGACACACCGGAAUCGAGAGGACAAGAGAAGACACCGGGAAAAUGCCCAUGCAGCAAUCAAGGAUCCCAUCAAGAGGGAUUGGGACAAUAGAGGGUGGAGGAGCCCGGGGCCAUACAAGAGGGUAUA